AUGAGCAGAACCUUUGGUGAUAGGACUAUGCAUGUAAAUUCACAAGCUUCUAAGAAUUCUCAGCGGAAUUUAUUGUGUUCAUCACGAUCUAUUCAAAGAAAUAAUGAGCGGCAUUCGCACUCCACCAUUGAUACAGUUGAAGUAGAGGUAUUUUCAAAACAUAUGUCGGACUGGUGGAAUCCAGACGGGAAACUAGCACUAUUGCAUGGUUUUAAUGCUUUAAGAGUGCCACUUAUAAGAGAUGGUUUAGUACAGUGCGCAACUGAAGAAAGAAAGCUGCAACCUCUUAAAAAUAUUAAAAUUUUAGAUGUUGGCUGUGGAGGUGGCAUAUUAUCAGAGGCUUUGGCGAGGCUUGGUGCCACUAUUACUGGUAUUGAUGCUAGCGAAGACCUCAUUAAAAUAGCUGACGAACACAAGAACAUUGAUCCUAAAAUAGCUAAAUGUAAACCUACAUAUAUCCAUACAACAGUAGAGGAUCAUGUAAAUAAGUUCGCAUGUUGUUACAACUGCGUUGUUGCUUCAGAAGUUAUAGAACAUGUUAAUAAUCAGGAUCUAUUUGUGAAAUCAUGUGUACGAGCUUUAGUUCCUGGUGGCAAGAUCUUUUUUACCACACCCAAUAGGACCAGACUGUCACAAUUAGUGGUUAUCCUACUCGCUGAGAGAAUGCUCAAAAUGGUACCAGAUGGUGCCCAUGAAUACGAAAAAUUCGUAACGCCGACAGAACUCUCUUUUAUGUUAGAGAAAAACAAUUGUCACGUGGAAUCAACAUAUGGUAUCCAGUAUAAUCCUCUCACUAAGAAAUGGAGUUUCAGUACUUACCAGCACCUAAUGUAUGCUAUGCAGGCACAAAAAUUAAGUUAA